AUGGCAAAUAUAGCAGCACUUGAACCAUUUGUUGGAAAAGAAGAUCCAGUCGAAUUAUUUGAACUCAUUGAAGAGAUUGCAGAGGGUUCAUUUGGUACAGUUUAUAAAGGUAAACAUUUACCAACUGGAAAUAUAAUGGCGGUAAAAAUUAUUGCAUUAGACGAAGAUGAAACUUUUGAAGAUUUAGUUGUAGAGAUUGAUAUUUUAAAUAGAUGUAAUCAUAAUAAUAUUGUAAAAUAUUAUGGUAGUUGGGUUAAAGGUGAUGAAUUAUUUAUUGCAAUGGAAUGUUGUGGUGGUGGAUCAAUUACAGAGAUUUAUCAAGAAUUGAAUAUACCAUUAAAUGAGAGUCAAAUUGCAUAUGUUUGUCGUGAGACAUUGAAAGGAUUAGAGUAUUUACAUCAUACAAAUGUAAUUCAUAGGGAUUUAAAGGGAGCAAAUAUAUUAUUGACAGAGAGUGGUGAUGUGAAAUUGGCGGAUUUUGGUGUUAGUGGAUUGUUGGAUAAAAGUAGUAAGCGUAAUACAUUUAUUGGAACACCAUAUUGGAUGGCACCAGAGGUGAUAGAGAAUAGAAGUAAUCCCGUACCAUACGAUACGAAAGCAGAUAUUUGGUCGUUAGGUAUUACAUUGAUUGAAUUGGCAGAGGCAGAGCCACCAUUAUCAGAGAUUCAUCCAAUGAAAGUACUCUUUCAAAUACCUUAUCGUGAUCCACCAAAAUUAAAGAAUCAAGAGAACUACAGUAAAGAUUUCAUCAAUUUCAUUCAAUCUUGUUUACAAAAGGAUCCAAAUCAAAGAAAAACCGCAACGGAAUUAUUAAAACAUCCAUUCGUUACAAAUACCAAAGAAAAGGCAGUUUUGACUGAUUUAAUCACAAAAUAUAGAAAGUUUAGAGCUGCAGAAUUGGAAGAGGGUGGCGAUGAGGAUGAAGACUCUAGUGAACAAGAAGGUAUGGAUUCCGAUGAUAAAGAUAGUGAUUUAAAGAAAUCUGUUGGUACAUCUGAUAGAAAAUCAACAUUGAUUGCAAAUGGAUCAACUUCAUCAUUAUCACCACCAGCAUCACCAUCACAAAGAAAAUCAACUGGUCAAAAUUUACAAUUACCUCAAAUUAUUGAACAACAAUCAUCAUCAUCAUCAUCAUCAUCAUCAUCAUCAUUAUCAUCACAAUCAUUACAACCACAAGCAGUUAAUAAAUCAACUGAUAGAUUAUCAGCAAACAUUAAUGGUUCAAAUACUAAAAGUAAUACAAUUGAUAAGAAAACAACAGCAGCAGCAUCAGCAUCAGCAUCAUCACUUAAUUUAAGUACAGGUAAUUUACAACAAUCAUUAUCUGGUAGUGGUUCAAUUACAACCAAUAGUGGUGUUGGUAAUGGUACUAGUGGUAAACCAACAACCAAUGGUAAAUCUAGUGAUGAUAGAUCACCAGAUAUCAGAACCAAUAGAAAAGCAGGUAGACCAGUUACAAUUAGAAAAACAUUGGAAAAGAGAAAUGAUGCAGUUAAAAAGAUUGUCAAUGCUAAAUUGAUGAAACAACAAUUGAAAGAUAUAAAGAAACAACAACAAAAACAACAAGAAGAGGAAGAACAACUAUUAAAACAACAACAGAAAGAAAAGGACGAUCUAUUGAAACAAAAUGCAGCAAAAGCAACACAACAACAAAAACAAUCAGCAGCCAAAGAGGAGAAAAUUCAAAAACAACACAAAGUCGAGAAGGAAACUCUCUCAAGGCAACAAAAAGCAGAUAGAGAACAACUUCUCAAAAAGAAUCAAUCCGAUUGUAGUAAACAAAGAACCAAAGUGACCGAUCAACAAAAACAACAACAAAGAGAAUUCAAAGAUCAACAAAAACAACAACAAAAACAAAAGGAACACGAAUUUAAGGAUCAAAAUAAGGUACUUGAUAAAUCCACACCAAAGAAAUUGAGUAAACACAUUGCAAUCCAUCAAAAGGUCAUUAGAGAGCAAGAGAUUUGCGUACAGGAUUUGGUUUUCCAACAGAAACAAGACUUUCAAAAGUUGGUCGAUGACCAUCAAAAUGCAACCCAAAAUCUCUUCCUUGAGAAUAAACAACAGAGUGAACAAUUGUUUGCUUGGCAUACUCAACAGAAUCAACAAUUCCAAUUCCAACAACAAUGUCAAUUGGAAAACUAUCAAGAGUAUCACACAGUAUUACGUGAGAAUAUGAAUGCUGAACAUCAAUUGGCAAAGAGUCAAUUGGAACAUUCUCAUCUCAGUGAAACCAAUCAUCUCAAAGAGAGACAAGUUACAGAGACCGAACAACAUAUCAAACAAAUGACAACCGAACAAAGAAACUCUCUAAAAGAGUUUAAAUUGAAACAAACUCAAGACUUUAAAGAGUUUCUCAAUAAACUAAAGAAAGAGUUGAAAGAUGAAAAAGGCAAUAAGAAGCAAUUACAACAACAACAUAAAGAACAAAAGAAACAAUUCGAAUUGACUCUCUCCACACAAGAGGUAGAUUUCCAAAAGAAACAAGCACGUCAAAAAGAGGAGGAGGAUGAUAUCUUACUCACUCAUCAAAAGGAAUCAUUUAAAAGACUUCAAGAUAAACAACAAAAUAUCAUUCGUGAUAUUGAGGAACAUUGUAAACUACAAAGACAACAAUUUGAAACAGAAUACACUUUCAACGAGGAGGAGAUGUUGAUCGAACAUUAUAGACAAAAGAAAGCCCUAUUAAAACAACAACACUCUGAACAGAAACAAAUCUAUCAAGAACAAACUCAACUUCAAUAUCGUUUACUUCAAGAGCAACACAAAGAAUCACCAGCUCUUUUAACUGAUCAACAUUUGAAACAAAAAGAAUCCAUUGAGGAACAACAAAAAGAGAGAUUAACUCUUCAACAAGAGGAACAUCGUAUUCAACAAGAAUCACUCAAAAAACAAGAACAGAAAAAGAAAGGUUCCGUCACUGACUUACCUGCUUCAUUGGCAUCCAUGCAAUUGGAACAAUCCAAACAACUUCAAUUACUCUCCGAACAACUCCAAGCUGAAUUGGCAACCAUGUUUGAAAGACAUACCAAGGAAACUCAAUCUCUUCAAGCAGAGUUGGCAAAGGCUCAAGAGAAACUUCAAUCUGAUCAACAAAAAUUACUUCAUGAUCUCACUGAAGAACAAAAGAAAUCGAAAUUAAAAUUAAAAUCUGAAUCACCAUCUUGUAAAGAGAAUCCAUUACAUAUGAAAAAGAAAUCAACUGGUACAACUCCACCCUCAACAAGUUCAAAUCAAAAAACUUUAAAUAAUUCAAAUGGUGCUUCUUCCAAUGGUCAUCAUCAUCAUCAUCAUCAAAGCGCUGGUGUAGGUGGUAGUGGUGGUACCAUUAGUAGUUCUCAUAAUACCCCUGUAUUACCUCAUAAUAUGAAACAUCAAAGAUCUUUUUCAACUAGUUUACCUUCUUUUAAAUUUGAUAAUCAAGAUUAA